UCUUCAUCAUGUUCGUGACAAACUUCACCUUUACGCCUUCUUUCGCAUAUUGCAUAAUUCCUGCGUGUCCUGCGUCUCGUACAUACUCAUGAUACAUCCAACUUCCAUUUGAUACAUCUGGUCUCGUUAUUUCUCUUUCUUCUCCAUACCCCGACCUUUCAUUAUCCUGCCUUCGGAGAGCGAUUGAAACAUGUCCGACGACGAGGACUACUAUGAGUGGGAGGAGGACUACCCCUUUGAGGACCUUGUGCCAGAUCUGGUGGACGAACUCGCCGCAUCCUCCAACUACGAAGCGACAAUGUACGAGGACCCGGAUGCCGAUCUUGCAGAGUACCUCAGCGACUGGGAAUACUACUCGGAUGACUAUCACGACGAUGACCCCACCGUGAAGCAAUCAAAACGAAUCGAUGCCAUCCCGAACACACGCCGAAAACAAUCUGCCAUGCAAGCGAACCGAGUCUCCGCGCCGCGGUCGUCCCUGGGGCCUGAUAUUACUUCGUUCCAAGGUGUCAUCUGGCGUACACCGGGCAUGGGCGAUGACCUAGAUCUUGCUGUGCAAAUCUACGAGCCGGGAAAUGGGGAAAAAGUGGCGCUCUUGGAGAACUGGCGGGAUAUAUUCAAGUCUGUUCAGCCCGCUCUGGACAAGUCGCGGCUACGCAAGAGACGGGCAGUAGAUACUCCGUCGGUCGAACCGGAAUUUGCGGACGAUGAGUUUCCCUGCGACGAUGAUGAGGAGGAAGAGGACAGCUCCAUCGAAAUGUCCGAUAUCCUGUCGACCGACAAUAUGGCCGACAAGGAUGAUGCCGGAGAUGCCUCGAACACUACGCCGGAAGAGCUGGCACAGUCGCCGCAGGAGGUGCCGAUGCCGGUUGAUUCGGCGUCCGAGAAGAGAGGCCGCAAGCGAAAGGCCGAGGCUCCUCCAGAGGAGCCGAACAAGGACAACCCUGGCGGAGACAACGCAACACGGGUGCGGACGAAGCGGGUGGCUUCGGAGGCUUCGGCAAAGGGAGCUGAGAAGACGGCAAGAUCGGCUACUUCGUCCGGCCCAGUACGGAGAUCUGCGAGGCAGAAGAAGUAAUCUAAAGGACCUUUGAACAUGACCUGGCGUUUCUUAAUUCAUAGUGCAAUCACUUCGGUCAUGAGAUUUAACGGAAAAAGUUAAUGAAACGCAGUCACUCACGAGCA